AUGUUCUACCUCCUUGGCAAUCUGACUCUAUCAGACCUCCUGGCUGGCAUUGCUUACAUGGUCAACAUUGUGUUGUCAGGGGCAAACACGCUCCGCCUUACCCCUGCCAUGUGGUUUAUUAGGGAAGGGGGUGUCUUUGUCACAUUGACUGCCUCUAUAUUUAGCCUACUGGCCAUUGCUAUUGAGCGUCAUAUCACUAUGGUCCGUAUGAAGCUCUAUAGUGGAGACAAGAAGGGACGAAUGGCCUUGUUGAUUGGGGUGAGUUGGCUGCUCUCUAUACUGUUGGGUAUUUUGCCAAUAUUGGGAUGGAACUGCAUCAACAACCUCCCAGCCUGCUCCACCAUCUUGCCCUUGUAUUCUAAGGAUUAUAUAUUGGUGUGCAUUAGUGUCUUUCUGGCCAUUCUAAUCUCCAUUGUGGUCCUCUAUCUCCGCAUAUACAGGAUUGUCAAACACAACAGUCAGAGACUGGGCACACUUCGCAAGGGAGCACUGAGGAAGUCCCAAAAGUACAUGGCUCUGUUAAAGACGGUUACUAUUGUGGUGGGUACCUUCAUUGGAUGCUGGCUUCCACUCUUCAUAUUGCUACUGUUUGAUGUCUCGUGUGAGGUCAACUCUUGCCCAAUCCUCUUCAAGGCUGAUUACUUCCUUGGCUUGGCUAUGAUAAACUCUCUCUUAAACCCUAUCAUCUACACAUUAACCAGCAGAGACAUUAGAAGAGCCAUUCUCAAGCUUGUCUGCUUCUUCUGUCUUGUUAAUGAGGAUGGAGAAACUAGAGGGAGAUUUGGCAUUCUCCCGGUCUUAGAAAGAAGUACCAGCAAAUCAGAGAGAAGUCCUCCCAUAAGCAGGAGGGUUUGGAGACCACUGUGUCUUCAGGGAAUGGGACUCCAACACCGGUGA